GCUUCUCAAAAAUGGCGGCUGCAGUGUGAAGUCUGGUGCCUGCUCCCGGAGCUAGCAUGACAGAAGUGUUUUUGCUCGGGCGGAGGAGACCCGAGGUGCGUGGUGGCCCUGGUCCCCCUUGGGAAGUGGAGAUGGAGUCCUGAUGUUGGAGUCCUGAUGGCUGUCUGCAAGGAGGACGGCAGGGAGCCUUAGGGGCAAGUCCUGCGCUGGGAACGCCCCCUUACUGCCGCGCCAGCGUCCCGCCUCAGUUUGUCCCAACACCCCUGCCUCACACCCCUGGACGCAUUACCCCAGAUGCCACGGCUGCUGUGUCUAAAUUAGUGUUCUCGGUGGGCCAUCUCGGCUCCUAGUGUUCGCUGCUGACCUUCACACUUAUCUGGACCCCCCUUCACUGGCCCUUCUCGCUAGAGGCAUUCGGGCCCCUGGCCCAGCUCCCUCAGCGGGGGGGGGGCCCCUCUCCAAGAGCACCGACAGCGCCCUCUGCAAUUCUCCCCAGGGAAAAUAUAGCAGAAGCGAAUACCAUGGGACAAACAGCGAAUGAAGAUUAUUUUGACUGGGACAAGUAUUUGAAAGAGACUGGAUCUGUAAGUGCUCCUUCAGACUAUUUCAGACAGUCUAAGACUCCACCAACUAAUGAAUUCCAAAUUGGUAUGAAAUUGGAAGCCCGUGACCCUCGCAAUAUUGAUUCAGUGUGUGUUGCUUCGGUCAUUGGAAUUACUGGAGCCAGAUUACGUCUACGACUGGAUGGUAGUGACAAUAAGAAUGAUUUUUGGAGACUUGUGGAUUCAUCGGACAUACAGCCUGUUGGGACAUGUGAACAAGGAGGAGAUUUACUUCAGCCUCCACUGGGGUACAGAAUGAAUACUUUAUCAUGGCCUAUGUUCUUACUACGUGUACUAACUGGAUCUGAACUGGCACCUGCAGUGUUCUUUAAGAAGGAACCACCACGUCCACCCCAAAAUAAUUUUAUAGUUGGAAUGAAGAUUGAAGCUGUCGAUAGAAAAAAUCCAUUUAUGAUCUGUCCUGCCACAAUUGGAGCUGUCAGCGGAGAUCAAAUUCACAUUACUUUUGAUGGAUGGAGUGGAGCAUUUGAUUAUUGGUGCAACUAUGACUCCCGAGACAUCUUCCCAGUUGGAUGGUGUCGCCUUACAGGAGAUGUAUUGCAGCCACCAGGAAAAAUUGCUGAAAGAAGACCAAGGGGCAGAGGAGUGACCAGACCACGGAAAUUUGGAACCACUUCUUUGAAAAGUGUAGAAGAAUCCUCAGAAACUGCAGAAAAACCUGGGUGCAGUGUAUUUACCAACCCUUUGGGGGAUGAAGACAGAACUUUGAAAGAUUACCAAGCAGCCCCAGGUUGGAAAAAACCCAAGGGCAGAGGAUUUACCAAACCUGGAAAAGAUGAAGCUAGACCUGGGAAACAUGACCCAGGAGCCCCAGCUGGAAAAAAAUCCAGGGGCAGAGGAUUCACCAAAUCUGUGGAAGAUGAAGCCAGACCAGGGAGAGAUGUUCAAGUAGCCCCAGUCGAGAAAAUACCCAAGGGCAAAAGAGUUACCAAACCAUGGAAAGACCAGGCCACACUUUCUGAAGAUGAAGCAGCAGCCCCAGCAGAGAAAAAACACAAGGGCACAACAGUCACCACACCUUGGACUGAACAACCCAGACUUUUUGCAGAUCAAGAAGCAGGCCCAGCUGAGAAAAAACACAAGGGCAAAACAGUCACCACACCUUGGACUGAACAACCCAGACUUUUUGCAGAUCAAGAACCAGGCCCAGCUGAGAAAAAACACAAGGGCAAAACAUUUGCCACACCUUGGACUGAACAACCCAGACUUUUUGCAGAUCAAGGACCAGGACCAGCUGAGAAAAAAACCAAGGGCAAAAGAGUCACCAAGCCUUGGAAAGAUCAAGCCAUACCAUUUCACUUUGGAGUAGCAGGUCCAGCUGAGAGAAAACCCAAGGGAAGAAGAGUCACCAAACCUCGAAAUGAUGAAGCCCAAUUUUUAGCAGAUGAAGAAGCAAUGCCAGCUCUUUUCUCAGCUCUUAGUGUGAGUAGUACAGAGAAAACACCACCUUCUCCCUCUGAACAACCAAAGCCUUCUACCUCCCGCAAACCAAAGUCUUCCCACUCCAAAGGGGCUCAAUCUUCAAAGAAGUCUCCACGAAAAACCAGUGUUGUGCAACCAGUAAAAAAGACCGGCAAGAAAGCAGGAAAAACUAAGUCUACUAGAGGUACUUCUUCCACUAAGAAGGGCAAGGGCAUUAUUGUUAAAAUUGUCCCAACAAAGAAAAGAGGUGAUGAAAAGCGUAGAAAAAAGGAAAAAUCUAUUCCAGUUGUUUCUUCUACAUCUUCAGCUUCUUUAAGUUCACUAAUAAGUUCUCCAUCCAAUAAUACUCCUAAAGAGCCAUCUAAAAUAGUCAUGUCUACAGUCUGCGUGUAUAUAAACAAACAUGGAGUUUGUGGUCCCUACCUGGAUCCACAGAAGGUUCAGCAGCUACCUGAUCACUUCGGCCCAGGCCCUGUGAAUGUCAUUCUCCAGCGGACUGUGCAGGCCUGUGUGGAUUGUGCCAUUCAGGCCAAGGAUGUGUUUCUGUUUCUUAAGCCAGUUGAUAGAGGAGGAGAAAUGGUAACUGCCUUCUUUGAUGGGAAAGUUCAUACUGUUCAGCUCCCUUCAGUGAAUAGUGCAUCAUUUGCACUUCGCUUUCUUGAAAAUUUCUGCAGCAGCCUGCAGUGUGAUCAGUUUUUGAGUAGCCAGCCUUUCAGUAAUAAGGCUCAUGUUCAUACUCCAACUACAGACACUGAACAAAGCAAACCAGAAAGUGUGGAACUAAAGGAAAAGAGAAGCCGUAAACGAUUGUUUCUGCAAACUCAACAUUCUGCUCCUGUCUCAUCUAAGGUUCCCAGAAAGUCUAGGCGAGCCUCUAAAGGAAAUUGAUGGGAAAGCUCUGCUACUACUGAAGAGUGAGCUGCUGAUGAAGUAUAUGGGGCUGAAACUAGGACCAGCAUUAAAACUGUGUUAUUACAUUGAAAAACUUAGAGAAGUAAAACAUAAUUGAAAAUGUGCAAAUUUAGUUUAGAGAUAAUUCUCAGGUAUACUGAAAAUAUUUUACAUAAAAAGUUUUCAUCUCAUCAGUUUUUAUUUUAUAGAAGGUUUUUAUAGACAUUUUAAGAAAGUUGUAGUACAGUUACAUUAAUAGUAUACUCUUAUUCUUUAAAUGCCAUUUAAUGUUUGUAUUUGCAUAAUUAAAACUGGCUGUUCAUUAUUUAUGUCUUUAUUUUUAUUGUGUUUUCAAGUGUACUUCAUGUGGCACAGAGAAGAAAAGCUUUUUUUGGAUUAAUCUUUAUAUCUAAAACCAAACAGCUAAACCCAAAGGGGAAAAUACCAGCAACCUAACUUCUAAAAACAUGAGAAUUUUUUUCUCAAAAAGAGAAUUUCAAGAUGCACUUAAGCUCUCGUCUCCUCAGUUAUUUUAGUCUGGUUCUACAGUAUUUUUUCCUGAUCUAUUAGUAGAAAGGGAAGAGCCAUAUAAAUUAUUUUCCUUUCUGUCAGUGCCCUUUUUUAGCUCAUACUACAGAGGGAAAGCAAUUUUAUAAGCUUACAUAAAGUGUUCCUACUAGCCUUUGAUAUUUUUUAAACUGUAGCAUAGAUUAAAAUAAAUAAUUUUGUGCAGGAGAUGUUUAUUUUACCAGAGUGAAUUCAAUGGAAUUGGCUAAAAUUUAUACCUAUUUUACAGCUUUGUGUGUUUUUGCUAAACUUGAACAUUAGACACCCAAUUCUGACAUCUUUAUUUUCUAAGAUACUUGUGUCCAAAUUUUAAAUUUGUGUUUUAUUUUGUGUUUAUUACCCAUACAGAUAUUUAGCUUAUUUAUAUACUAUUGUAUAUAUGUGAGAAGACAUAAGUGACUUUUUGAAUUGAAUAUGGCACUUUACACUGCCACAGAGGUAAUAAAGGGAUAUAUAGAUGUUUAUCCCCUGAAAAAUGUAUACAUCAUUUUUUUUAUCACCAGUACCUCUCAGCUUUUUAUUCAGGUGAUAAGAAACUGCCCAUAAAUUGGAUCACACAUAGGGAAGCUCUUUUUUUGUUUUUGUUUUGUUUGGGUUUUUCUGUUGUUUUUAUUUCUUUUUGUUUGUUUCUUUUGUUUUUUGAGACGGUUUUUCUGUGUAACCCUGGCUGUCCUGGAACUCAUUCUAGACCAGGCCGGCCUCAAACUCAGAGAUCCACCUGCCUCCCAAGUGCUGGGAUUAAAGGCGUGAGCCACCACUGCCCAGCCCAUAGGGAAGCUCUUUAUCAUAUGCAAUAUUUCUAAUUAAUUUUCUUAGUUCUGAGCCACCAAUUCUGCUACAUUUUGAAAAAUACAUGAGGGAUUUUUUUUCCCAAAUAAUAGCUUUCAAAGUAAAAUUGUGCUGCAUGGUAUUACUUUAUAUGAUGGUGUAAUGCAUAUAAGCUAUGAGAAUCAGUUAUACAUGUAUUAGAGUCAGUUAUACAUGUAUUAUCUAUUCUAAAUCUCAACAAAAAUGUUCAACCCGACAAGAAUGUAAUUUUCUCUUUAGAAUACCAAAUGUGUUUUAGACAACAAUGCAAAUGUUAAAAGAGUAUUUCACCUAUGUCAUUCCUGACACAGCUAGAAUGCUUAAACUUGAUCUUCUUGCAAUUUGUUUGUAUGAAGAUGCUAUUUCCAGUUGAUUGGACCUCAGGUGUUUGUAAUAUUGUUUAUAAUCUUAAGAUAUUAAGAAUAUAAUAAAGUUGUUAAAUAACCACAGCAA